AUGUUCCACAAGCAGGCAACGGCGCAGCUCCUAUUCGCAGGUUUAUCUCGAGGUCUCAACGCGAACCUCGUGUCUGUCGGUUCUUCUCAUGAGUACAAGGUACUGGAGCAACUGAGUCACGAUCUAAGUAACUUGUUUUACGACACCGAUAGCGUCUUUCAGUCGAAAGGUCUUAGCGCCAUUUCGUCACCGUUCCUCCAAGUUAACCAGCAAUCUCUGUCUGCUUCCAACACGAGGAUUGACUUCCUCAAGUGUGAUGUGCUCCCCUUCGACUAUCGUUUCGUCGCGAAGGCGUUCAUGGAUAAAAUGACCGGAAACUUUAAAUCCGAAGAAGACAAACAUAUUCCGUCUACCCUGAAGGAGAAAGUGGUGGCACGUGCCACGACGUUGGAGUUAGAACGUAUGAAGAUUCGAUUUCGCUUUACGGGAUACAAAUACGUGGAAGCCAAGCGAGAAGUUAUCGUUCUUUCUGGCCAGAACGAGUUCUUUGAAGCGUUCGGUGUUGCAGUUGACGGGGUCAGAUACCAGGAAAGAUCUUGGUGCGUACUGUCAGAGGUGUCGCCGGGUCUAUGUCUUAUCCAGCUAUGCAUUAGCGUGACGCUAGAAGCCAAGCCACUGUUGGGCGGUCGCCGUGAAUUUAUCGGUACGUUGUGCGAGCUGCUAGCCACCUUCAAGCAAGACAUGUUCGACUCGGUGCAACAGGAAGUCGAGCGUGCGCUCCUUCGUGCUAGUUAA